GGCGAGAGAGAAAGUAACUCCAGGACGAGACCGGAGCGACCCGCGCAGCGAGCAGAGGCGGCGGGGCUGCGCCCGGCGCCGGAGACCAGCGGCUGCGCGGGGCGGGGGCUGCGCCCGAGUCCGAUCCGCCGCUCCGGCUCCGAGUGGUCUCGGGGAAAGGGUCGUUGUCCAGCACAGAUGCGUUUGUCGGAGGGAGCAGUGGAGGUUCGCGGCAAGGCGUACAGCCUGGGGCUUCCAAUGAUACUCUGGGCAGCGAUGGAAGCCUAGAUGCCUCACCGCAAGGAGCGGCCGAGCGGGUCCUCGCUUCACGCCCACGGCAGCACUGGCACCGCGGAGGGAGGAAGCAUGUCUCGGUUGUCUCUCACCCGGUCGCCUGUGUCUCCCCUGGCCGCCCAGGGGAUCCCACUACCAGCCCAGCUCACUAAGUCCAACGCGCCUGUGCACAUCGACGUGGGCGGCCACAUGUACACCAGCAGCCUGGCCACGCUCACCAAGUACCCUGACUCCAGAAUAAGCCGCCUCUUCAAUGGCACGGAGCCCAUCGUCCUGGACAGUUUGAAGCAACAUUAUUUCAUCGACCGGGAUGGGGAGAUUUUCCGCUACGUCCUGAGCUUCCUGCGGACGUCGAAACUGCUGCUCCCAGAUGACUUCAAGGACUUCAGCCUGCUGUACGAGGAGGCGCGCUACUACCAGCUGCAGCCCAUGGUGCGCGAGCUGGACCGCUGGCAGCAGGAACAGGAGCAGCGGCGCCGCAGCCGGGCCUGCGACUGCCUGGUGGUGCGGGUCACGCCGGACCUGGGUGAGCGCAUCGCGCUCAGCGGCGAGAAGGCUCUCAUCGAGGAGGUCUUCCCCGAGACCGGGGACGUCAUGUGCAACUCGGUCAACGCCGGCUGGAACCAGGACCCCACGCACGUCAUCCGCUUCCCGCUCAACGGCUACUGCCGGCUCAACUCGGUGCAGGUCCUGGAGAGGCUGUUCCAGAGGGGUUUCAGCAUGGCUGCGUCCUGCGGGGGUGGUGUGGACUCCUCCCAGUUCAGCGAAUAUGUGCUUUGCCGGGAGGAGCGGCGACCGCAGCCCACACCCACUGCUGUCCGAAUAAAGCAGGAGCCCCUGGACUAGGCCCUGCCUCAGUGCCCACCUGAGGCCUCUGGGCCCUGGGGACACCCCAGGGACCAGGAAACAGUGCUGGGGAGUUCUGCCUAUGCCUGCUUAGCGGUGGCCAUGAGACUGAGGGUGGGGCUGGAGGGUCCAAAGCCUGCCCAGAGAGCCCCAAGGCCCCCAUGUGUCAUGGCAACAGAAUGUGGGAUGCUGGAGGCAUGUCCACUGAAGGACUGUUGAUGUGACCCAAAGAUGCCGAGGUGGGAGAACUCGGCCACCAGUUGUCUGGGCCCCUCGGCUCCCAGUCCGGUCCUCGAGGCUCCACAUGUGCCAAGGCAGGGUCAGCAGAGGCCUCCCCAGUGCACGCCGAGGAGCUGUCCAUCCUUCACCACACGGCAGACUCCAGUGGGUCUCCUUGCGUCAGAGAUGGCUUAUUUUUCUACAGUAUUUAAGACGGAAGUAACUGUAAGUGCACAAGUCAGAGAGGCCGACAAGGACCAAUGAAUGCUUCUUUAUCUGGUGCUCAGCUCAGUCGGACACGCAGCAUGUCUGCAUGGGGGGUGGAAGAGCUGCCGGACACUCGGGCCCAGGUGCCCGCAGAGCAGGGCUUGGAGACUUCUGGUCCCUGCUCUAGGGGCAGAUGCAGGGAUGGCAGUGCCACAGGGGCUGACACUGGGCUCCCACGGGGUGGGGCUGCUGGGAGGAGGGUGGUACAGGCGUGGGGGAUGGAUAGCUGUGGAACCACUUGAGACCCUACCUUCGCUGCCGCCUGGGGCACAGGCCACACUUAAGAGCCACCUGACCAACUAAUGCCCAGGGCCUUCGAUUCCUAUCCGUGCGUGCGCACACCUGGGCUCCCAGAGAAGUCAUCUCCCCAUCAGGACCAGCCACGGGGCCACACCACAUCCUUACCUCAGGAAUGGGCCCCACGGUGAAGGGCCCCAUCUGUCAGCAGCAUCCUCUGGGUCCCCAGCUCAGGAAGCCGUCCCCCACUCUGAUUUUCCCACACUCAUAUGCACACUGAAUUUUAAUUAGACUGUUGUUACACUAGCUUGCCAAGUAAGACCCGGACAGAGUGAUACCUUGGGUUCUUGGCCCCGGAUUCCAACGAGGGCUGCCUCUGAGGGGUCCUCACAGACCUGCUGCCUCUCAGAUGACAGGCCCAAAGAUGGAUACCGCCUGCCUUGUCACAGUUCCCCUCCCCUCCCGAGAUGGCUCUUUCCCGGGUUGGAGAAACCGCAGAGAACUGCUGGGUGGGCGGGGCGUCCUGGCCAGCACUGCCCCUUGUACGAUGCCUGUAGACUUGUAUAUGACUCCUUUAAUAUUGUAAAGAUGCUGAUGUACAAUUGUCGCGUGUUUGUGUAAACACAUUAUGUCCCUAGUUCAUGCCAUAAAUGAUGCUACAAAGCGAAA